AUGGUCGAUCUAGAGGUGGACGACGAUUGCGAUAUGAACUUUGCUACAGACGAUAUCAAGGAGCACCAGCCAGUGGCCGAUUGGAAGAGAGCUCGGCGUCAGCGUUACAGCCGCUUUGUCAACAAUCCAACCAAUGCCCGCCACAUAGAGGCACAUAUCAAGGACAUGGUCUCGGGAGAGUUGCAGUGCAACGUUCGUCCAUCUGCAGCAAUGUCUUCUUUGCCAGCAGCUGUUCCUGUAUAUCCUCAUCUUCCCAGCAUUGAUGCCGACGGCUAUCCCGAGAUCGAUCCAGCCUUGACACAACCCGAAGUGGACGAAGGCUUUUGCGAUCAAGACGAGGAAUAUGCUCUCAUGCAGAAAGCAUUAGCUGCCGACAGAGAAAGGCUGUUGGGAAAGUCGGGGGGCAUGCGGAAUUACGGAUCUUUACGAUUCAGAGGAUCGGCAGAGACGGCGCUCCGUUGCCAGAACGUUGUCAGACAACGACCAAGGAUGCGACGAAGAAAAGGACCGGGACCAACCAUUGAUCCUCGACCAAGCUGA